AUGGCCAGCCCAUGGAUCUGGCGCAGUGACGCCGCCGACGCAGACAUAAGCGACUGGCUCGACGCUGUCGCAGACGAACUGCGCCCACACCAGCGCGACGAGCUGCAGCGCAUCUUGACGCACCAAGAGCCAUCGACGCGCCUCCACGUGUGGGCCAUGAUUGGCUCCAAGGCCGACGCGCGUCGGUACCUCCACGACGUGUUGCGCGUGCACCACUAUCUGGCGCUGCACAUUUCAUCGUCAUCGGCCGAGUAUGCAACGCUGAUAUCGCUCUACGCAGGCUUUGGCGACGACGACGACCGCAGCAGCAUGGAGUCCAUUCUGACCGAAACGACGCUUCACUUGAGCUUGCUGGGGCGAUGUCUUAUGCGGCAGCCGCUGUCCAAGCAACGCGUGUUGCUCACAUUCAUGCACGACAAGUUCACGUGGCGUCACUUUCUCGAAUGGCUGGGCGCGGACCCCCGCGCUGAGAACACGGUGCGCAUCUACCUCGUGUCCUUGCCUGACAACGAUCUCUUCUCGCUCUGGCUACGGAUCCUCGUUCACAUCGCACCCACCGAUCGGCUACCGUGGGUCAACCUCACGUACGUCUUCGUCGACGACGACGUCGUGCUGAGCCUCGCCAAUAUGUUUCAAGGGCACUGUGCAUUGCCGUCACGCCUCGUGAGUCAGCUCGUGGCCCUGACACCCCUCGAGCUCGACGCGUUUCUUCAGCUGCUUGUCGUCGUCUCGGUCGAGGCCGCGGGCUCGAUCCUCGUUGAAGUGCCUCCCAUCUACUACAGUGCGCUGUCGGCGCUGCGACCAAUUGUCUUGACCGAGCAUCUCGACCAAUGGGUCCUGGAGCUCGCAACGAUCAAAAUCGACGACCCGUGCGCGCAUACCUUUCUCACGCAUCUCUGCGGCUGCGAGUCGCCUGUCGUCAUCACAAGUCUCUAUUUUGAGCUGCCCGCCACGACGCGCGCGCAGUGGCAAUGUACCUUCCACACACUCGAGCCCCGUGAUCGGGCUCUCUGCACGCGCUUCGUGCUCCUCAUUCCGCUACCGACGCCACCUGCUUCCGACGAUCCGCCGUCCGUAUAUCCUGGCACCACGAGUGACGAGACCGUGACGCCAAUCCAAGUCAUUGACACGCUCGUGCAUCUCCCGGUCGUCGAGCUGCAGCGUUUGCUGCAAACAACGCGCGAAUGGGAGAAGGAAGAUGUCAUGCUUGUCGCGUACUUGCUCCGUCGUCUCCACCCGCUGUGCAUCAGCGCCUUCUUGACGCUGCUGUCGACGCCACCAGCGACGCGCGAGCUUUUGUACCUUGUUCUCAACGACACGGUGGAGGACGAGCCUCGGCAGCUGCUGCUCACGCUGGUCGCGCUCCUACAGGACGAGGCCGACGCGCCCCAUGGCGUCUCGCUGCACAAGGUGCUGGCGUUCUUGAGCACGAUGGACGCCGAGUACGCGCGGCGCUUCUUUCGCAGCGUGCUGACGACCGAGGUCGCGUUCAAUGUUCACCUGCUUGCGUUUGUCUUGUCGCCGCCCCACAAUAUGGUGCCCAUGGCGUGUCUGCGCUUGUUGUUGCACCUGCCGUCGCUUGCGCAUGCCCAGCUGCUCCAAAUGUACAGCAGUCCCGCGCAAUCGCCCUUCAAUUUGCUCGUGUGGAGUGACCUCCUCCAAGCCGUCUCGAGUGUCUCGGCCGCGACGGUGCUUGCGAUCGUACAGCCCCUCGCACCACGCGCGAUGGAGAAUGUCUUUGGCUACCUCCAAGCCAUCAACAACGAGGCCGAGUCGCUGGUGUUAAUGGACCUCUUCUUGCAGCACCCGACUACCGACGUCCUCACGUUUCUCGAGCUUGCGAGCGGCAUGACAGACAGCGCACUCAAGGAAUUGAAUCUGUUUCUUAGCCGCCUCGACUUGCUUCGACAGUCGCUGCUACUCCCGCUUUUUGUCGACCCGCGGCGCGCCAUUCUCUCCCGACUCAUUGUGUCAUGCAACGCGUUGGAUCUGGUCACGAUCGGCGAUGUCUUUGUGAGUCUCACGCCGCAUACAUGGGAGACGCGGUCGCUCCUCAUUGAGCAAGUGCGCAUGCUCGAAGAUCCGCUUGUGCUCUCGCAGUACUUGGCAUUGCACAAGCAAGCGAGCUCGCGACCGAACCUUGUCUCGCCGCUCGCGGCGUACGCGUCGUUGGCGAGCUACUGCAGCAAGACCGUGCACCUCGUCCUCAUCAAGGCGCUCACGCGGCUUCCACCCUCCAGCCAAGUUGGUUUGAUCACGCUUCUGACGACGACGGGUCGCCAUGUGUCGCCGCCCGCGCUGGGCUCGAUGGCGCGGCCGCCCGAGUACUGGCUCGAUGACGUACUCGCGCACUGCUGUCGUAUUCUGAACGCCUACUCGGACAAGGUCGCGGUGGAGAUUGUGCGCACGCUGCAGCACGUGCCGAGCAGCUACCACGACGAGAUCUUGGCGACAUGCACCGAGCUCACGGCCGAGACCGCGUUCCUGAUCCACAUGUUGCGGCUCACAGACGACGCGCAUGUCGUCAUGGCGUGUGACCUCUUGUAUCGGCCGCCACUUGCGCCGCAUUUGGUGCCCGUGGCUACCGUUUGUCUUCAGAAAAUGCUCAAAGUGUGCUCUCUCUCCGCCGCGCUCACGCUACUGCAUGCGAUGCCGUCGCUGCCCGCGUUCCUCACCUACUUUGACUCGGUCCCGAACAAGAUGCGACUGCUCGCGACGUUGGCUGACUAUGCCAGCGUCGCGAUCCCGCUGCUCGCACUGCUUCGGAUUGUCGAUACCGACGAUGCCAACUACCUCUUGCAUGCUCUGCAAGGUCUGCCACCCGACCGACGCGCGCGCUUUGAAGCACAGCUUUUACAAGAGCCCAUCCCGCCCGUCUUGUCGGCGGACGAAAAAGCCAUCUACUUUGGCAUCCUCGAAGGCAACCAACUUACCAUCGAGUCGAUCGAGGCACCGUAUCGAAGCGGUGUCCGGCUCGUGCAGGCGUCGUCCGACGUGUUGCCGGACGUUCCGCCGUGGGAGCCCGAGCAGCUCGAGCAGCAUACGUUGGCCGCCAAGCCACUGAUGGUGCGCCACCUCACGCCAGCGGUGCGGCCCGAGGCGUGGCGGCGCCCCGCGAUUGCGGCACCCUUGCACUUGGCGUUCGAGCCCGCGCACUUGCCUCCGCUCGUCGCGCCCCGGGUGUGCACUGCAUCGCCCGAGCGCCGUCGUCGCGGGCUACAGCUCGAGUUGCUGCCAGACGCGGAGGUGACCGACUUGCACCCGCGCCGACGCCCGACCAUGACGCCAGGGUCCCCGUUUGCGGUGAUUGCCAAGGACCCGGACCUGACAACGUGGCCACCGACGAGAAUCCGCGUGGCCAAGACACCGAGCGCCAAGCAGCUCGUCUUUGACGCGCGCAUUCGCAAGGCCAUGGGCACCGCGUCCAUGCCAUCGCUGCUGCCCUCCACGUCGUCGUCGUCGUCUCCGCCGCGCAUGCGGCUACCUCCCCACAAAUCCUAA